GACCAGCUGUCGUGGAAGAAAAAAACCUCCUCUGCAAUGUUGGGAAAUAAAAAUCCAAGAAGUUCAAAAGAAACAGCGUCUGUGGUUAUUGUUUAUGGUUUUAAAUGAACAAAAUGAGCACUGACACCGACACUGCCGACGAACAAACUAAUUCACCGUCGGAUGAUCGCAUGGCCCUGCUGGAAAUCAAUAUAUCCAACACGAACGCCAACUCCCAGAUAGUGCUCAACGACUUGCGACUCUUGGAGCUGCUUUGCAUGUACCCGUUCCUCUACAGCCGGCAAAAUUCUCUACAGCAGGACGCCGACUAUGAUGAAUGGGGCUGGGAGCAGGUGUCCAAGGCCUUCAACGAGAGCUACAACGGCAUCCCGCUGAGCACACCGUUCUCCACGGCGGAGCUGCAAUGGCGCUGGGAGAUCAUGCGGCCGCUGAUCCAUUCACUGGCGCGGGCAAGGGGUGAGAUCCCUGAGCCGAUGUGGAAGAUUGUGGUACACAUAAGCAAUCGUCUGAACGCUGAGAAGGCCAAGGAGACGGUGAAUUCCGAGUGUCAGGAUCUCUUGCUCAGCCAGCUGCCCUUUGUGGAAGGGCUCUCGCAUAACCAGCGACUGCGCCUCGAGGUUGAGGUUUUGGACCUUAUCAUGGACGAGGAGCGACGCACAAAGUUCUUAUACGAUGAGAUGAGCACCAAGACGAAAAGGACUGUUCAGAGCGAGUACGAUCAGUUUUUCGCGACUAUAAAGGUUAAGGAACUGCCACCAGAAACCUUACAGCGCCUGUCAUCAGAUGAUGGCUGCUCCUCCUCCUCCUCUUCCUCACCAUCUAGAGCGCCCAAUAUUAUUAAUGCUAAUGAAACGGGCCUGAGGAUAAGCCAUGUGUUCACUAAGGCCGAGGAAACCACGAACGGAACAAACGUGCCCGAAAUCAAGACAGAACCAGUUGACGAACCGGCAGGUGAAGCUUUCCAGGAGGUUUGUUCGCCCCCGAACAAAUCCAAAGACGGGCCCGCUAAGGAAGUAGCAGUUAAACUUAACCUGUUUGUACCUAUAAGAAAUGCAAAAGAGUUUUGUAAAAAGCUACGUGUCCGGUUGAAACGUUUGGAUCUGGACGAAUAUAUACCAUUGGCCAGCAUUCGACGGUCUAGUCGAUUCACGGCCAAACACUAGACCAACCCUCCAA